CCAACUCUUGAGAGUCGAGGCACCACGCACACCGAUGCAGCACUGCUGCCGACCAAGACGGCAUAGACUGGAGCUGAUUAUUCUCUGUGGUGCAAUUCUGUCAGGAGUACAGCUAGGUACCAAUGCCUUCUGCCCGUCGAGCUUCAGGAGGCGCCCCGUUCGGAUAAUCGACGCCAAUCGGCGAACAGCAACUGCUAGGAGCGCAGUCCGCGAGCGUAGCGAUGAUACGGGAGAGCCUCCUCUUUUCAAGAGCGUCGAAGAUCUGGAAGCGCUGACCGUCGUCAAGCUCAAGCAAGAGCUCAAGGUGCGUGGACUGAAGCACUCCGGGAGAAAGGCGGACCUCGUCCGUCUUCUGGCUGCCGAACCGGGCGUUCUCACGCCGCCACCACCACCACCACCACCACCACCACCACCCGAAGACGUGCUUUCCGACGAGGAAGUCGCCCGGUGGAUGGAGGAAGACACCGUCCUGCCGCCACCACAACCAAAGACGAAAAGGAAGACGAAGCGAAGGCCAACAAGGCCGGUGGCGGUGACGGCGGAGGAGGUGCUGGGGGGCAUCCCAGCAGCAAGAACGUUCUCCUCUUCCCGUCUCGGAUCUGCGGCCGCCGCUAAGGAGCUGAUCAGGGAUGCCGAGCUCGCGGACGUGGUCCCUGCGCGGUUGCCUCCCAAAGACCAGGCGGCGAGUCGCAAGACCCGAGGCACUGAAACGGGACAAACCAGCGCUUCAUCGUCUUCGUCUUCUAGGAAGGCCGCUGCCAAAACGCCUCGUCGUUCGAACACCAACAACGGGGCCAAGCCCGGUGACGGCCCCGCCGCCGGGGCUUCGACGACGACCCCGCCGCUGCUGCUGCCCGAACCAACGGAGGACAUGAGAAAACGAGCGAUCAUCAUGGAUCUCUUGGAGCGGCGGGAAACAACCUUCGAGCUGGAGGAGGGCCUCCAGCCGGCCGACGUGCCGCGUAGCGACGCGUACGUGGUGAGCACGAAGAAGGCGCUCCGUCCCUGGGACGGCCCGCACGCGGACAGAGCCGAGACGCACGUGGUGGUGCUCCUGACCGAUGUCUUCGGCUACGGCGACUCCUUCACGAGGAACGCCGCGGACGAGAUCGCGGAAGUUUGCGACGCGAUUGUCGUCGUUCCGGACAUGUUUCGGAGACGACCGUGGACCCACGAGCAGCCGGAAGAGGAGUACGAGGAUUGGAGGUCUUCGCACGAUCCGGUUGCUGUGGCCAAUGAUAUCCGGGCUUGCGUUGACUUCGCGAGAAAAGAAUAUAAGGCCACCUCGUUGGGUCUGGUGGGUUUCUGCUACGGAGGCGGGAGAGCGCUGGAGGAAGCGGCAGCAGGUGUCGUCAAGCCGGAUAACGUUGUCGUCUUCUACCCAACGAGAUAUGAUGUCAGCGAAGUGGCUUCACGAGUGACGUGCCCUGUCGCGGCGUUCUUCGCCGAACACGAUGUUCUGCCCGGAGCCACAGUUGAAGAUGCGUGCGCUCUUCGCGAACAGCUUCGGGACAACGAAAAGGUGCCAGAUUUCCAGGUUAGGCUUUGCCCGGGGGCCGGGCACGGCUUCGCGCACCGGCCAACGGAGAAGGACACGGAGAACGCUGAAGACGCCAUGUUGUUGGCAACCUCUUGGUUGGAACUAUACCUUCAGAAGCACUUCCCGACGGAGCCGGGGGGGGUGAAGGAGUCAGAGUUCGGGUUCUGGGACCUACCGGCGACAAGCGGGGCCUCAUAG